UCCUCGGCCGCCAUUUUGGGAGUCAAAACACUCCCAACAAAUAGUAGCGCACACCUCCACGCUUCUUCGUGGCCUUACUAUGGUUCACACAUGUGUGGUGUCAGGCUGUAGGAACAGAAGGACCCCGGGCACCACCUUAUCCUUCUACCGGUUCCCCCGGGACCCGGAGAGGAAGCAGCGCUGGAUCGCUGCUGUGAACAGAGAGGGCUGGGUGCCGAACGACGGCAGUCGGCUGUGUAGUACUCACUUCAUCUCAGGUAAACAGGUUAAGAAUCCGCGCUCGCCAGAUUAUGUUCCUUCUGUCUUCACAUCAGUUCCCUCGUCCCCGGAGAUGAAGGAGCCGAGUGCCUUGGAGGUCCUGGACAAGCAGGAAGCUCGGGUGGAAGCUGCCAACGCCUUGUUGUUCCUGCAGGGUCAGGGCAGCUCUGUGUCCGGGGGGACGGGCCCGGAGGAGCAUCCUCAGAAGGAGGAGCAAGACGCCAACUUGGAGGAGAGUGCCUCCUCUUCUCUUAGCACGGAUGAAGAGGAUGAUGACGAUGAUGAAUCUAUGAGUGAGAGUAAGAGAGGGAAGUUUGCUCAGGUGUCUGAUGCGUCGGUGAACUUUGAGGACGCUCUGAAAGUCUUGAAGAAGGAGAACCAGGCGCUCAGGGAGUCUGUGGAGAGAAUGUCGCUCUCUGAGAGCUCUUUGAGGAACGAUGCAGAGAAGGUGAAGUUUUACACGGGCUUACCAAACUUCUUCGUCCUAGAGACAGUCAUGUGGCUGCUGGCGCCUCACAUGGAGGGGAUGAAGAACGUGAAGCUCUCCAAGUUUCAGCAGCUGCUGCUGACACUGAUGCGACUUCGCCUGGACCUCCGCAACCAGGACCUGGCCUACCGCUUUGGAGUGAAAGUCAGCAUGGUGACCAGGACUGUUCAUCAGAUGGUCAACAUCAUGUCCUCCACUCUGGUGCCCACGGCCGUCUUCUGGCCUUCAAGAGCCGAGCUCAGGAAGAACCUCCCGGCGGCUCUCCGUGCCUCCCACCCUGACUGUGCCGUCAUCAUCGACUGUUUCACGGUGCCCUUUGAGGAGCCGGUCUCCCGGGGCCACCAGCAGCAUCAACAGCAAGGGCUGGGGCCGAGCUGUAACGUGUUAAAGUUUCUGAUCGGCGUGGCCCCACAAGGCGUCGUCACGUUCGUCUCCAGGGGCGUGCUUGGGAACGUCAGCGAUAAAAGCCUGGCGGAGGGCUGCGGCUUCCUGUGCAAGCUUCUUCCAGGAGACGUGGUGUUAGCUAACCGGGAUCUAGACAUUGCAGAUUCUGUCGCUGCCCGAGGAGCGAUCUUUAACAUUGCCAGCAGCUACGGGAGCUCAGAGGGAUCAGCCCUCACUGAGUCCUCCUCUGAGACUCUGAGUGUGCAGAGGCACGUGGAGAGGGUGAUCUCCAUGGUGAAGCAGAGGUACGCCAUGCUCACGGGCCCCGUCGAGAGCCCCUUCACCACGGCCUCCGAGCGCACGUCCAACCUCUCCACCUUUGAUAAGAUUGUGCAAGUCGCCUGUGCCUUAAACAACCUGUGCAUCUCUGCUGCUCCACUAGAGUGAUUACACACACAGUCCUAGUGUUCCUUAAUGCUGUCCAGGCACCUGAGUUCCCUUUACUUCUCCGGACCUUACUCCACGUCCUCACACUCCAUCCUCGUGUCAACACUCCUCCAUUACUGCAGAGAAUAAUCAGAAACUUAUCCGCUUUGAUUCACACUGUCAGCGUGUAUGGUCUCUGUUAUCUGGGCCGGUCCGUACUUGAAGAUAAGAGCAUGUCUCCCAAAUCCAGAAACAACAUAGCUAAGAUAUGAUGUCAUUAAGUUAUGCAACUCAGCUGAUAAAGAAUGGCGGGCUUGUAGUCGGUGUUAUUUUGGAGUUUAGGCGUUGCACUGAGCUGCAGAAAGUGAAAAAGUGAAGUCUGUUUGGUGCAGGACAGAAGUUAUUGUCGUCUCAAUGGAGGACAGUUCCUCACUUUGCUGAACCUUGAAUCCUGAGAGUCCAUCAGCUCUCAUCUGACCAUACUGUAGCCAGAGUGGGAUGUGGUUUUGUUGAGUUGUUGGGGAUGCUUGUGUGCAGUUAUCUGUCUAAAGACACUAAAUGAAGCUUCAUUAAAGGAGGGUUUCACUACACUGA